UUUCAACUUGCCUUCGUGCCAUCAAGAGGAGAGAUGUGCGGAUGCCACGUCAAUUUGCUCCUCAUAAAUCAGGAGUGCACCGCCUAGCAUGCCUGUCUUUGUACAGAGUACUCCUUAGAGAGUGCGGAAGGUUGUCUACGAACCUCGGAAUCGAUACGGUUCAUGGCAUCAAGGACAGCCUCCGACCACUUGUCCGCUACCGCUUCGAAAAUGACCGCAACCUCCUCUCUCCCUCACAAGUAGCAAAUGGCAUCGCAGCCGGCUAUGGCUUUCUCGAUCUCCUGCGCUCUUGCAGCGCCGGAUCAGGACCAUCCCUUGCGCGUCUCACUCGAACCUUCGAAUCAAUGACCAUCCAGGCCGAUGAAACUGCAACCAGGCGCGCGAAGUUCGCUUCCCUCUGGAAACCUCCUCCCGCAAACCGUCUCAAACAUCUGGAGCACCUCAAAAAGAUCAAAAACCCCGCGAACUAUGCCCACGACCCAUCGAACCCGCGUGUCUUCGAACACCCGGCGCCCCUGCCCUCCAUCAAGUCCGGCGUGCGUAAGGUACCCAAUCUAAUCGUCACCCAGGGCAUACCCGUGCUCAAGUACCCGGGCCCCCAGCCCGUGCUACUGAACCGCGUGAUCAAGAACAAAGUCAAGUGGGGAAUUAAGAAGUUCAACCAACACCACGCGCUGGAAGAUCUAGCUCUUCUGGCUGCAUGCGAGGACGAGUGGGACGAUAUCCUCCGGCGACAGCAUGGCCUGAGCAAGGCAGAAGAACUCGGCUGGGCGCAGACGGUGCGCGAAGUCGAUUCGCAGCUCGAGCAGAAGCUCGCGGCUACAAUGCGAAAGAACACGGAAUUGGGUAAGAGGCUGUGGGACGUUGUGGUGGCGGAGAGGGAGUUGAAGGAGAAGGAACGACGAGAGGCGCGGCAUGAACGACGGAUGGCCAGGAAGAGGGCUGCCGAAGGGAUGGAGGAUGUGAGCCUGAGUGAGACAAAGGCAAUCCAGGAUUGACCCUCUUGAUGCCCUUACGGUAGUCCGGAAGACGCGGCGGUGUCCUUUCGAGACUGUCCGCCGUGGUGUGACGGAUGUUUGUAUAUGAGAAGCAGAUUCGAGCACGGAAGAAUUGCAAUCUGUGAUGAGCUGCUCCCCUCUACUCUAUGUCUAUAAAAGCGAUAACCUAUCCCAUUGUGCGUCUAGAUGUCAUACGCCUCAACCUAUC